CUCCUGCUUUGGCACCACUCGGAUUGAAUUGUCUUUUCGCAACGCUUCCACCAUCACAAUGGCGGUGCCUUCAAACGUUUGGAUACCCAAGCAUCGUAGACUCUCUCUUAUCCAUCCAUCAAUCCAAUCUACCUUCCACCUCUACAGUAAUCAAUCAAUCAAGUAGUUAACGAUGGGCGUGGUGGAUCCGGAUCGCUCGGCGAUUGAAGUCAAGGCACUGCUCCGGCGAUUGCACCCCAAAGCGGGCAAUCACAAAGAUCGCAUUCGUCGUAUUAGCAAAUUCCGCAACUACAUUAAUGGCGAUGGCAAGAAUACCCCCGAAUUCUACGACGAUGACGUUCCCUUGUUGCUGCUGGGCAGUGUCACUCCAUCGGCGUUGUUGGAAGAAGACGACGAAGUGCUGAGUGAAAUCCACGGCCUCAUGCAAGCGUGUGGCAGUCCCUCCACGGAGCACGACAAUUGUCUGAAACGAAGUGCCCGUCACUCCAUGAUGCUACUAAAAUAUCUGGUGUGUGAUUAUGUGGAAAUGGAAGACGGUCAAAAGAUCAACAAUACAUCGAUCGAAGAAGGCGGAGAAGUCCCCACACCCCGCAAUGUCUUUUCGCAUGCGUUUUCCUCCUUGGCCAUUCGACAUUAUCAAAUGCUGCGUUUGGAAUUGCACAUUCGAGAAGGAAACAAUCGCGGUGCUGCCAAGGAAGAAGCCUGUCAAAUCAUGGUGCUCUUACUCACACAACACUACUCGGAAGAUGGACAAAAACUAGCACCAUUAAUGCUGGAUGAUUUGGUGCCACAACCCACCGCACAGCAGGCGUUCGAAUUGUGGGCUCACACUAGUACCACGCGAGAACAACAAGAACAAAUGAAAGCCAAUGCGCUAUUGCGACAAGACGAAAUUGCCGCACGAGAACGAAAGGAACGAUUGGAAAACAAAACGCUGGGACGCAUCAGUGAAGAAUUCGAAUUGGCCGACGACGAUGAUCCCGAUGAUGACGACGAUCAUGAAGACAGUGAUGGCAGUGACUCGGAUUUUGAUGAAAACGAUAACAUGGCGGUCAUUAGGAGACGACAAAAGGAAAUGAAAAAGGAACUCCGAAAGGCACGAAAGGAGGGAGAAUUGGCCGCCAUGGAAGGACCCGCCAUGCGAUGGGAAGACUCACAGUUGUAUCGAGAACAACAAGCGCGGGUCGCUUCCAGCAAAAAGGCUGCCGAAACAGGACAGCACCACGAGACGGUUCGAGAAUCGCAAGAAGCUAUUCAAGAGCUCAAGGUCAGAGAGGAAGAAAAGGCCAAGGUUCUCGGUCGUGAUCCUCUCGGUGUCAAGGGAGACGACUUUGAUUUGCGGAAAAUUCAGGAUGCACAAGCCGAGUACAUGGAACAGACAUUGCAGGGAUUGGAAGAAGGAAUGCACAAGGCAGAAAGAGAAAAUUCCAUUGAGGAUUCCAAGGGCAAUAGUGCAGAAGACGACUUUAAACGUCAACAGGCGCAAAAGGAGAGUCUAAUGGCUAUUGUGGAUCGUUUGGGAGGAUUGGAUCAGUUGGAUAAUCCUACUCGGUCUGUGUUGCCCACGGAUCCUACCUUUGAUCCCAUGCUUUUCUUGACAUUGGUCCAUCGAGAAGUCGGUUACCGCGAACUGAUCGGUUCAGUGGAUCGGUUGACCAACAAGACAACAAAUCAACACAAACAGCUGCAGAAUCUUGUCAGGGAGAAUUUUGCCCUCUUUGUCCGCUGUGCAGAAGGUAUUGACGCAUUCAACGAAAAGACUGGUUCCCAGGAAGGACCCGGAGUCAACGAACGCAUUGACAAGCUAGAGACGUUGGCUGACAAGUGCGCCCAUCAAGCGAAAAAGUCAUUCAAACCUCUUUUGGAUAAUGCGAGUGAAGUCCGCAAAGUCCAGUCCAGUUUGGCCGUGCUCAACCGCGUGGCUCCCAUUUUGCAGGCCCCAUUCUUGAUGAGGCAGCAUGUGGAAAACCGCCGAUACUCACAAGCCUUGAAGGCCUAUCGUCGCGUCUUGGUCAUUGACAAGAAUUGUACCAUUGAACUCUUGAAUCACGUCAAGCAGCAGGCACAAAAGUAUCUACAUGAGACACGAUACGAUUUAGAGCGUUGCCUGGCCCAGGACAAGGUUCUCGUUGAUGAGCUUUUGAAUGGUAUCAGAGAUUUGUCAGAACUACUGGAGCUUGAUGUCCAUAUGAGCAACCGAGACGACAUGGAAGAUGAACAACCCGACAAGGUUGACGAAUACCGUGUCGCGGACGGUGUGUACGACAUUGCGGGGAGGUUGAUCAAGAUGCGUGAUCAUCCACCUGCUUUGGCGUGUCUUCUCCUUCAGGCAGCGCACUUUACUCGCAUUGUAAACAAGGCCAUUAAUGAUGCCGACCACACCAUUCGACGUAUCUACGGAGGAGAAACGUUGCAGCAAGUGCAGGCAGGUGGUGAAGGAGCCGGCGAAGGCGGAGGAAACACGGGCGGCGAAGACUCGUCUCCGGCCAAGACUGGAGGAAACUCAGGCAAUCAGUGGAAGUACGACGUGAUGGAUGCGCGUGUGCUCGGAGCUGUCAAGAGUGUUGAGAUUGCCCGAAACUGGUUGCCCCGUCUCUUGAGGAUCAGCAAGACCGCCCGGGAGGACGAGAAGCGUCGUUUGGCGCGUCAACUUAGCUCUCGACGUCAGUCAAUUGCCUUGCACAGGGGAUCUCAGGGCAACAUGAAAUUCGACAGUCAGCAUUCCUCCUCGUUCGACGUCUUUCGCAGUUAUAUCACACCAUCAGUUACACGCUUGGUGGAGCACGCGACAUUCUGCAGUUUGGGUUGCCCAGCUCGAAGUGGAGGAUCAGAGCUCAACAUGAGUUUUGGAGAUGAAUCGCCGGAAAAGCUCCGAACCCUUCUCCGUGGUGCCCUUCCGCCGUCCCAUGGAACCCGAGUUGGUACGGAGCUGGCGGAAAUGGUUGAGCUGCUCGCGGAGAGCGCAGACGGCGCCAACAGCUUGCGUGCCUCUGCUGAUGGAACUGUGGAAGGGUUGUCUCCUCUGGAUGAAUGUAAGACCUUGGGCGAGUCUGCAGUGAUUACCCUCGAAAAGCGCCGAUGUAUCAUUGCUUUCGAGGUAUGCGCGAGAACAUGCUCGAACAGAGCUUCCGGCAGUGGCAAGUUUGACGCCGAGGCUCUGCUGCAGACUUUGAGAACCCUCUCGGAGCAGCUGACUCGUCCCGAAGAGUGCUCCGUGGAAGUUGAGAACGGUUGCGAGCUAGUGGUACAACGCUGCUGCGAAGGAUUGGCUAGCUAUGUGCGUGACCGUAGUGGUGACUCCGCCAGGCUCAGUGCUGUCGCUGAGUGUGCAGAUGUGAUGGAAAAUCGCGUGACAGAGAUUGUCAAGGAGGUUGAAAACCUCACCAGCAACGCGGCGGCCGUCGAGGAGGUGAUUAUGGAGGAUAUCAUGGGUCUCGAGGGCGCCAUGUUUGAUGAGUACCUGGAAAGUAUCCGUGAGCACGUGGCCAACAGUGUUCGGGUUGGAUGGUUGGACAUGGACAACGAGGGGCUGUAUGCUGCAAGUGCUGACCGGGGCGGCGGCUCCUUCCCAUCCUACCUCUCCUCGUCACUCCUCUCAAUUGUGCGCUGUCGAGCCCAGGUGGAACAGGCCUUGGGCGACAAGAUUCGUCGCUCAGAUGACAUCACGUAUCAGCAUUUGUCGAUGGCAACAGUUGCGGAUGGUGUUGUGGAAGGUAUCUGUCAUGCAGUCGAAAUGAGGAGGAACCGUCUGAAGGUCCGACAGGCUGAUCGUCUUGCAAACGAGCUUCAAUUCCUUCUGAAUACCCUCCGCAAGUUCUUGAGCGAAGGAAGUAUGAAUGUUCUGGACAAUACCCGCCAGAUGCUGUGCAACAAGGCAGGACGCGGUAGCGGUUUUCAAGGCGAUGGACCCGACGGGCUUGCGGCGCUGGAGUCGUUGGAACGCCUCGGACGAGUUUACGUGCUCUGUCUGGGAGAGUAAAUAGGACACUUAUCUAUAGUUAAUUAAAUACGCUCAAAAUCCCGAUUCAUUCACUUUUCGUUGGGCC